AUGACAAUUCAUUUUGAGUGCAGGACGGCCAGGGAGGGUGGGAAGUGGGGAAGGAUGAGUGCGAGCAGCCUCUCUUGGGACCAGGCUGUUCUUCAGCCACCGGUGUGUGAUGCCUGGAAGGAGAUUAUGGAGGGAGCAGCCUACCAGCUGGCCAGCUGCAUCGUCCUUCUGGGUUACAUGGGGGGAAGUGGCAUCUUUGGGUACCUCUAUAUCUUUGGCUUCCUGGCCCCAGGCUACUUCUGCUAUGCUCUGUGGGGCUGGCUGAGCGCCUGCGGGCUGGAUAUCUUCAUAUGGAACAUGCUGCUCGUCCUCAUCUGCUUGCUUCAGCUGGCUCACCUGGCUUACCGGCUCCGCAGAGACACCAUCCCGGAAGAGUUUGACCUCCUCUACAAGACCAUGUACCUGCCCUUGCAGGUGCCCCUGGAUGUCUACAAAGAAAUCAUGAAGUGCUGCGAAGAACAAGUCCAGUCGCUAGUCAGAGACCAGAAUUAUGCAGUGGAGGGCAAGACGCCCAUUGACCGCCUCUCGUUGCUGCUGUCGGGCAGGGUCCGAGUGAGCCAGGACGGACAAUUCCUUCACUACGUAUUUCCAUACCAGUUCCUGGACUCUCCGGAAUGGGAGUCACUGCGACCCUCUGAGGAAGGAACUUUCCAGGUCACACUGACAGCUGAGACUGACUGCAGCUUCAUCACCUGGCCAAGGAAGAAGCUGUAUCUCCUCCUGAGGAAGGACCGCUACAUUGCCCGGCUCUUCUCCUCCCACCUGGGCUACGACAUCUCAGAGAAGCUCUACUCUCUCAAUGAGAAGCUCUUUGCCAAGUUUGGCCAUCGCUUCGACAUCCGUUUGCCCAGCCUGUACCACGUCCUCGGGCCAGCCUCCUCCGAGGGGGAGUCAGAGGACUGUGAGGAGCCAUUGCCUGCCUUGGGCCAAGCUGAUGCCUCUGAGCCCCCUCCACAGCCACCACCACCACCACCGUCAGCUCCACGUCCCCGGGCAUCCCGGCCUGACAGUGACCUGCUGGCUCCUGGAAACCUUCUCCGGAGUUCUCCACACCCUCUCUGCAAAGGACGAGCCCCUCUGGCUCCCACUCAGACCCCUGAACUCUAG